CAGCGCGCCACAGCCCGUGUCACAAUGCAGCCCUCCCCCUCGACGCCCGGGCCCCCACGCGCCGCAGACACCUGCCAGGCUCCGCCUGGACCGGAGCGUCCUCACGCGGCCAGGGCUCAGGCAGCUGCUUCCAGCCUGGGACCGGCCUCGGCCUCCGGCAGAGCGCCCCGGGGCCCGGACAUGAGUGCCCAGGAGGCCCCGCAGGGUCGGAGAUUCCCCAUUGAGGCCGGAGACUCCCCUGGCUUUGCCGCCCCCCGCGAGUCCCAGGACAGCUCGGAGCGGGUAGCUACGGAGCACAACCCGGUCAGGCCGCUUCGACGCUGCCCCGGCUGCCACUGCCUGACGCUGCUGCACGUGCCCAUCGACGUCUACCUGGCCUUGGGCGGGAGCCCCCGGGUCCGCGCCACCUGAGUGCGCCUGUGCACCGCAGCUCCGCUGAGGUCGCGCGCGCCGAGCACGAGACAGUGAUGCACAUUUUAAAAUAAAAGAACGGAUGCACAUUUUA